CAAGACGCAAAAUUGAGGCGCAGAACCCCUUUUCUUGCAUGCAAAAUAUGUCGCGGACGAUGGUCGAACUCGCGUUGUCGGUCAACGCACAGCACUGCUGUGUCUCUGAUCGCCCGGCGCACCUUUUGCCACGCAUCCGUGUCCACGGCUUGGACGACGACCUUACGUGGCCGCUCCCCGCCGCACAACUGGCAGCGCUCGCCGCCAAGUUUCCGGGUGACGCGAUCGUGAUUCCGGCGUCAUCGAUCCAAGUUGUGGACCCCAUGCCCGACGCAUCCGACGUCAUUAGCGGCCUCCAUCCGUGGGGCACUAUGACGUGGCACUUGGCUUACAUUGCCAUCGACACGCAUGGCGUCGCCGACGUGUGGCGACCGUCGUCGCGGCGGGACCGACAGACCUUUGGCACUAUCGUGCAUGUGCUGUCGUGUGACGCGACCGGUGGCGUCGUCACUGUCACGCACGACGACGAGCCGCCAACGUCGUGGCAGCCUACGUCCAACCACACGAUCGCCUUUUACGAAAAAUGCUCGGUGCACAUUGCACCGAUUACGUCCGGAGCCCGGGUGACGCUCGUAUACCAAGUCUCGCACGCGCCGUGCAAGCUCUCGGAGAGUCUCGGCAACCGCACCCACUCGGACGUUCGGCAAACGUGUCACUACUCUCCGAUCCCAACCCCGACGUUGACUGCAUUGCAAGACGCCGUGGCAGCAACACGUCGACACCAAUGGAUCGCGGUCGGCCUGCACCUGCGCCACUCGGGUCCAGUGUCGUUUGGCCAGCUCUCGCGCGACGCACAAGCCAUUGUUGACUUUCUCAUCGCGGCCAAUUGCGUCGACGUUGCACUCCUGCAUGCUGACAGUGCGAUCUUGCAUCCCGCGUGCCACGUACCGGCAUCCGUCAUUGCGGCCUGCACCCGCGACCGCCUCUUGCGCUUCUUGCAGUGGCCGCACGACGAUCUACCGGCACCCGACACGAUCACUGUGGUGUUUUGGCCCAAAGCCCACCGCGUGUAUUUCGUCGGCCUUGAAGCGACGACCUCGCUCUUGACGGCGUACCGCAACGGCGACAGCUCCGACCUCCUUGGCUUUGCGACGGCGCGGGUCUUGACGUCCGCGGCGAUUGGGCUGCUGCGUGACAGCAUCAACGACCACUACGACUUGGAAGUCCACCCGGACGCGUGGACUGCACUCAGCAACCAUAUCGUAGCAAGUGGCGACGUGGAUCUCGCAAUGGACUUUUUGUGGGCCACGGACUUUAACGCGUUUUGGUGCGACGCAGACCGCGUCAGCGAUUGGUUUUACGCCUUGGUGACGCGCUGCGGCUUGCUACAAGUGCUUCCGCGCGUGCUGCGUCACAUUGACGCCUCGGACCCGUACUUUGAUGCUGCCUACAUGCACUUGCUGGCACGUCUCGUGGACGACAAUUGCGUGCGGGUGCGCCAGCGCCAUGCUACCAUGGGCCUGCAAGCCGGACUCGAGCAUCUCGUGGCCCGGCGCGGCGCUUCUAAAGACGCUCUCCGGCGCGUGGACUGCUUUCUGCGUGACGCGCUGCGCGUCGCCUCGUGCGUUGCGUUCGAGGCGGCCGAUCCCAUCGUCGGCAACGUCAUUGCGCAGCGAGUGCCGAGUUGUGUGGUCGAGCUCAUUGCCAGCUUUGGGGACAGUUGCAUCGUUGCUCGAAGCGUCGCUGCCAACGCGCACUUGCAGCACGGACUGCCUCGUGCGCUCUGCGCGCUCCGUGACGCGAACCUCGUGCUGCCCUUGCAGCCCUACAUGGACCUUGCGCUCGCCGCCUUUCUCGCUCCGUCGCGCAGCUACCGCUAUGGCAUUGUGCCGCUGCUCCAGCUCACAGCUGGCUCGCCGAUGUUUGGCUUGCUGUUUGUCAAGGCGAUGGCUCACCCGAUGCCCAACCACAUGUGGGCAUCUCUGAUCGCGGCGUUGGACCGUGAUGCGCUCUCGCUCUCGCAACGUGCACAGGUUCUUGCUACGAUCCGUGCUCCGUUCAAGAGUCUUCCCGCGUCCGCCCAGAUCUUUGACGCUGACGACCUCUACGACGUGCUCCGGGAACUCCAAGCCGCGGCCACGGUCUUUGCUCGCCUCGACCACGCGCCAGGAAUCGUCGCAGUGCUGGCGUGGGUGGCCGCGCUUCAAGCUGCCUAUCGUGAGCCCAUGACAUGUCUCAUGGAGGUCCUCGUGCCGCUGCACGACACCUUUCUGGGUGCGGGUCGCCGCGACCUCGCGUCGGCGAUUGCGCACGAAAGCUUGCCGCUACUAUACGACCGCCUCGCGUCGCUCUCGAUGCCACUGCCGGCCAAAACGGAGGCUGAGAACCAGCGUCGUAUGUGCGCCUGCUUGGCCUGCAUCAAUCUCGCGCGCUUCGUUGCAACGACGUCGCCCACCAGCUUUCGAACGAUGGGCUGCAACAUGCAACUGGCCUCGUUUCGGCGCGACGCGUUGGCAACGUGGCGCCGGUAUCCGGUGCUUCCAACCGACAUUUGCAUUGCGCGCGUCUCGCCUGGACCGACGCUGCUCCUCGUGAACCGAGCCGACACGAUCAUUGCAAAGAUGCACGUUGCCGCCGCGCGUUUGGCACGGACUCUUGCAGAAGAGACAAUGCUUGAACCCACGGUGCCGUCGUCCCCAAAGCGGCAACGAUGCGACGACGAGCGCGUCACGUAGUCGUCGACCUUGAUGUGCGAAUAAUCCGCUUGGAGGACACUCCCAACAGUGGUUUCUCGUGGUAAUGAAAAGAUAAUCGAUGGCUGCAGUGACG